AUGCCAAAGCGAAUAACGAGAAGGUAUCCGAUUAUGAUGAUUCGAAGGAAGAUUCGUGGUUGGUGUAUCAGGAUUGUAAUAACCUGUACGGCUGGGCGAUGUCACAAAGUAUACCUUAUGCUAAUUUUAAAUGGGUGAAGCCAGAGUUGGAUGGACUCGACAAUUUGGAUGAGACUUCACCCAUAGGCCGGAUAUACGAGGUAGAUGUGUCAUAUCCUGUAAACCUACAUGACAAGCAUAACGACUUACCAUUCCUCCCUCAAAACGGAAUAUCUGCGGGCUCAAAGGUAAAGAAACUGAUGGCGACAUUCGAGAGGAAGACAAACUAUAUAAUACACUAUCGUAAUCUUCAGCAGGCUAUAGCAAAUGGGCUGAUAGUGGAAAAAGUACAUAGAGUUGUACAAUUCGAUCAAUCUCUUUGGUUAGCCGAAUAUAUCAGUUUGAAUACUGAAAUGAGGAAGAACGCUACGAAUGACUUUGAGAGGGAGUUUUUUAAGCUAAUGAAUAACGCUGUAUUUGGUAUGUCAACAAAAUAUAUGUAUGUAUAUAACUUUAUUAACUUGAAAACAUUUAUCUACUCGUAA